GAAAAAGUGAUGGUAGUAGUGGUAGAGGAAGAGGUCCUUAUGUUAGAUUUAUGGCUACCACUUUCUUAGCCUCGGUUUAAAGUGGUGUUGAACCGACCUCUCUUGGCUUACAUACCUUACCAGGUAUAUCUACGGAUACAACACGCAGGAGGUAGGUCGUGGCAAGAGACAUCCGUCUGCUUAUUAUUCAAGGUUUGGAUGUACGACGAUAAACCUUCUCUUCGACGAUCAGCAGCUUGAAACCACUUGGACAAUCCCAAUAGCAGGGCAAAUAGUCCCGCCCACCGGCCAACAACGUCUUGAACCUGGCUUGCCUUUCUAGGCCAUUGGCAAGACUACCUACUAUCUGCGAUACCUGUCGUUCUCUCAAUCCGUCAGGGGUCUGCAAGGCUAAAAAUCCCUGCCAUCUCUCGAGGCACUGAUAGCGGAUCACCACCACGGGCACGAUGGGUCUGUUCAAAUCCCUACGCCGCACAAAGGACGGCCGAGGAAAUGGCAGUACCAAGGCCUCAGGGUCAGCAGUUGCCAAUUCCAAAGAACAUCAGCAUCAGGACCAGCAUCAGGACCAGCACCAGAACCAGCACCAGAACCCUCAUCAGAACUCACAAGAAUCUCCCGAGCAAUAUCAACCUCCACUGGGCCCGCCUCCAUCAUCGCAACACCAUCAUCAGGCCAUCCUCGACGGCAACAGCAAUAACAACGCCAAUACACCCACGACACAGUUCCUCCCUCCGCCAGGUCCACCUCCAGGCUAUCAUGCAUCUCGUCCCCCAUCACUGGCAGGCGAAGCCGUCACCACACCAAACGUGAACAUCAACGAGACGUUCCUCCCACCACCCGGCCCGCCACCAACAACCACGACAAUGCCAUCAAUCAAUCCACCUCCCACGAACCAGGACCAGAACCAUGACCAGAACCAUGACCAGAACCAUGACCAGAAGGAGAAUCCACCACCAUACCACGACUGGACAAUCAUCCCCGACACAGCACUCCUCCCCCCUCCCCCACCCUUACCCGAAGAUUACAGCCCGACCAACAACGCAAGCUCCGACUCCGCCGCCCGCGCACACGAAUGGUGCGCCACACACCCAGUCUACACUCCCUCAAUCCCAUCUUCGGACCUGCGGGCUCUAGCAGCUCGAGGCGAAAUCACACUCGAACCGCCGCCAGUGGGACCUCUUCGUGGUCCAGGGUUUGUGUUGCGACGACAGCAUCACACCUCGUCGUCCUCGUUGGCGUCGGUACCCUCGUCAGCCUCCUCGUCCUCGUCUUCCUGGCUCAUCCGCACCCCCUCCUCCCAACAAGACGCCAUCAUCAUGUCCAGUAUCCCGCUAUACUUUGCGACCGUGGACAAUCCACUUUUAGACUCUUCGAGAAAGGCCAAGAAGAUCUACUUCGAAAUCACCCUGCACAACAUCUCCAACUCCAACUCCGGCGUCGCCAUCGGAUUCGCAGCCAAACCGUACCCCCCGUGGCGCUUACCGGGCUGGCACCGCGCUAGCCUCGGUGUGCAUGGCGACGAUGGACGAAGGUUCGUCAAUGAUUCCUGGGGAGGGAGGGACUUUGUCGACCCGUUUCGGGUCGGUGAGACGGUUGGUGUGGGGAUGGAAUUCGAACCUAUACCGCUGGCAACUCCAGCGCCGCUGAACGGCCACGAAAGGCAGUUCAGUGACAACAGCUACGGCUACGGCUACGGCUAUGCAUCCGCCUCCGCCGUCUCUGCCAUUCCAAAAGUCAAAACUAAGGCGUUCCUCACGAGACAAACGCAAUCAAAUGGUUCUAGGACAGCCGGCCGAAGAGGUGAUCAUGGUCAGACUCAGCAGCAGAGUGAGAGUAGUAAGUCGUUUUCGUGGGAGAUCGACGAAGAACGCGAUAUCCGCGACGAAGGCGUCGAUGGGCUCAUGGGCGAGGGAGACUUGUAUGCUGCCAUUGGGGUGUUUGGGGGUGUGGAAGUUGAGGUGAGGUUUGGGGAGACAAGAGACAAGAUACCCUGAACAAGACGGAAUGGAGGCAACCGGGGUUGAGGUGACGGAGUAAGGCGGUUGAUCAAUGAACGCAACAGUCUAAUUUGUGCAUAUUAAAUGUCAGGUCCAGCGGAAACCGCGCCGUGUUGGGCCGCCGUAUAUUGCUGCUGGGAACUGUUUCCAAAUUCCAACAAGUUCCCUGUUUUUCUCUGGCAUUAUGUGGUUUCUGAAUGAUGUACUCUAAUCACAGUCAUCCAGGCUCUUCCCGUUCGCUUUCGAGCCGACUCUCGAUUGGGUGCCUUGUUGUCUGGUCCUGAACGACUGAGAAUGAGGUCGAAUAUCUCAUUAGUCUAACAAGAUAUGAUAAUCCUGCCGGUCG